AUGACCUUCUCUACAAGAUGGCAACUUACGGAGAAAAUGUACAAGGACUUCUGGAGAAGGUGGUCUACUGACUAUCUUCAAACUCUACAAACUCGAAGCAAAUGGCACUUCCCUACUAAAAACUUAGAAGUUGGGGACGUCGUUAUCGUCAGAGAAGACAACAUUCCUCCUGCCAAAUGGAUCCUGGGACGGGUGUUGGAGACUCACCCAGGUGCGGACGGCCGGGUACGAGUCGUCACACUGAAAACUAAAACAAGUAAUAUGAAGCGACCGAUUACAAAAUUGUCACGCCUUCCGUUGGAUCCGUCAUCUUAUACAACUGCAUCUUCUGACGUUGACACUACGAAGCCUGCAAUAAAUACACAAAGAAAACGAAGAAACAACAACGGCAAAAAACACUUCAACAACCUUUUUUGUACGUUACUACUUAUAUUUUCGAUGUGUGUUGGACCUACUACGCAACAAAUGAUCAACAUAACAAGGCUUAGCAGUUCAAGAGUCGUUUAUUUUGACAAGGUGUCUGAUGUGCAGAUUAUUCAAGAUAAGUGGAAAAUGGUUGUAUACUACAACAUGACGACAUAUUGGCGGAGUUUGGACAACAUACAAAACUAUGUCAACCAUUUGAACACAUUAUGCAAGAAGGAAGCAGCCUAUCUUACAAUUUCAUCCCAGUUUCAACACGAACUUAACGAAAUUCAACACUAUAACGAUAUCUUACGAUCAGAACAUGGACCGUCUCGAAGAAAAAGAGGACUAGUGAAUGGAAUAGGAUACCUAGCAAACUCCCUUUUUGGUACUCUGGAUGAGAGAUUUGCCAAUCAGUACGUGAAGGAUAUCAACAUAAUCCAGUCAAACGAAAAUCAUCUAUUGAAUCUCUACAAAAAUCACACAUCGAUCAUCGAAAGUGAAUAUAAUCUUCUAAAAAGAAACGAGGAAGUAAUGAACACACAAUUUCGUAUCAUCGACAAUCAUCUCGCUGAAACGGAAAAACGCAUACAAAUCAGCCAUGACAAUGCUAUGUACAUAACAGCUACCGCUCUGGCCGUGAACUUGAUCAUUUCAAACAUACGACAAAUACAACAGCAACUCCUAGACCUAGUAACUGACGUGAAGGACGGGAGAGUUGACACCCAUCUCAUCAAGCCCAACCAAUUUGAAGAUCAGCUCAACAUCAUCUCCGGUCAUUUACCAAGCGAGUUAUCGCUACCCUGUGUGAACACACGCCAUUGCACGCGAAGCCUAUACAAGCUGGCGCGAGUGCACGUGCGCUUAACAAGUGCAUACAUAAUAUUCGAAGUGAAGCUACCGCUAAUAAACAACGAACAAUAUGAACUUAACCACAUCAUUCCUAUUCCGCAAAUAACUGGACACACAGAGAAAACUAUAGUACUCACAUCUGAAUACCUUGCUGUAAACCUAAAAGGGGACAUGAUAAUACCCUUAGAAAACCGAGAUGUAUCAUCAUGCUUAAAUCUGCAAGAAAACAAAAUGUUAUGUGCUAUCAAUCAACCUAUUUACAACAUUAAGGUAGCCGAUACAUUAUGUGAAGCGCAAAUAUUAAACAAUGGCGACUCAUCAACAUGCCGCACAAGAGUAUUGGAUUGCAACGACAGGUGGGUGCGAUUACACAAUCGUGGCGCGUGGCUGUUCUCCUGUUGCGAAGACUGCACGAUGCGCAUUUUCUGCCCAGCUGGAGUGACGUCACAGCACUUACACGGCACGGGGAUUAUGUUACUCGGACUUGGGUGUAUGCUCAAGGGAGAAAGCUUCAUCAUUCAUGCUCGCAACGACUAUCACAGCGAGUUGAAACUAACAGGCAGUGAAGAAAGAAUGUACAUGCGUGAAUCAAGCCUGAACCACAUACUGACAGACUUUAAUCAUACAUUUGGACCUGAAGAUCAUAAAGACGCCUUACAAGAGCUGAAAAACAACAUUGAUAAGGUCAAGGAACAGCAACAAACACUGAGUGUACAAUCACUCACACAUGACACACACAACUAUGUGUUGUACACCUUAGUCGGAUUUAUUAUUGUAGCCUUCAUUGCAUGGGGGACAUUCCGGCUGAAAAGAAGAUGUCAAGGCUGCAGCGUGAAUCUUCGCGACAAGCCAGACCCCAACAAUGUCGAGCAGCCAACCCAAGGACAUUCAUCGGAGCAUGGGGUCUCGGACAUCGAUAGUGUGGAUGCGGUGAUCGCAACGGCUGCCCGUAAACUCAAUAGGGGUUCAUCGCCUUAA